AUGACGGAAUCGCAAAAUCGUCAAAGCAGCGCAAGGUCGCCAAGCGCUGCACCUGGCCGGACACGCGUAGCUCGUGUGGCUUGCAAGGCGUGUCACGCAAGACGGGUAAAGUGUGACGCCGCUGAUGGGCAGCCGUGUUGGCAUUGUCGUACGCGCGAUGUUAUUUGUGAGUUGAUAGACUCCAAACGUGGAAAAUAUGCUAGACGAAGUAAUGCGCAACGCGUGUCAAGAAGAAAGCAGGCGCAGAGUCCGGUUGAUCAACACGAUACAUUGAGCGACAGUAUCGCAGUAAUUACGCCUCAGAGUAACGAAAAUUCGCAGUACCAAGAUCAAAGCCAGCCUGUCCCUCCGACUAUCGCAAGGGAUAAUGAGCCGGGUUCUCAGCAACAGAGCUUGUCCGGGAAUGACAAGUCAUACUUCCUGGGCGACUCAAGCAGCUUAUCGUACAUCGUCGAGAUGAUAUGUAGUCCAAGAGGUGGUGUUAGCGAGCCCGUCAAAGUCCACUACCCCAUACCAGCAUCGAUAGCAGACCGCGCAAUUAUUCCAACACGACCCCAAGUGGAACCACUUAGUGUACGGGAUGCACUGACGAUGCCGCCAAAAGAAAUAUCCGACCGUCUCGUGUAUACCUUUUUCGAGAUCAUUCAUCCGCCUUAUCCGGUGGUAGACAGGCGUGCCUUUUCGGAGUUGUACAGACAGGGCAAAGCGUCGCCUAUGCUCUUACAUGCGAUGUUCCUUGUCACGUUCAUUCUCUGCGAUGAGAGUCUUAUACAGGCUGCUGGGUUCAGUGAUCGGACCGCUGCUCGCAAACAUCAUUAUCUUCGAGCGAAAACACUGUAUGAUGUUGAUCAUGAGACUGACCGGAAUGUCCUCACAGCAGCAAUCUUUCUUUUGGGGUUUUGGUGGAAUGGACCGGAUGACCAGAAAGACUCGUGGUUCUGGCUUGGAUGUGCGACGUCUUGUGCGCAGUCUUUAGGGAUGUAUCGCUCGACGGUUGCUUCGAGGCUGAGCCCUGAGAAAAGAGCGUUGCGGAAACGAAUCUGGUGGUCCAUCUACACUCGCGACCGACAUACCGCAGCAUGCCUCGGCAAGCCAUGCAGAAUCAGGGACGAAGACUGCGACAUCGAACCUCUGACCGAAGAAGACUUUUACUUUGACGACAACCACAACGAUCCUCUAAUAGCCCGACAAGAAGAGUACCAUACGGCUCUCGCGAUAGAGAUGACCAAGGCUGCCGAGAUCCUCGGAGAUAUCGUAAUCGCAGAAUACAGUCCUCGACGACCUGACUUGGAACAAUACAGACCAGACCGUCUGAAACAAAGACUUGAACAAUGGGAAGCACAGCUGCCAAAGUGCAUGCAGAGGGCCCAGCUUGAUGAGACACUGGGCCCAGCGUUCUGGGCGACCCAGUUGCACAUGGCUUACCAGAACUACUACAUCCUCCUGUUCAGACCCAAGGCAAUCGAGGACCUCACACCGUCUGAAGCCGAAGGAGAUAUUUGGGCGCGAAGGGCUGCUGAUUCCAUCACUCGUAUGACCGAGGAUCUCCUUGCGGUCGGAGCAAUGAGUAAAUGUCAAAUGCACAUUGUCCCCGCUGUCUUCGGCGCCCUCUCCAUCCACACCCUCGUCAUCUGCCGCAAGGACCCCAUCCGACGCCAACUCGCCGGCAACAAAUCACGGCAAUGCAUCCUCGCACUAAGUGAACUCGCGAAGCACUGGCCCGUAGGGCUAUGGAUCAUGAGAUUCUUCGGCAACCUCAUGCGAAGACUCACAGGUCAAGGGUCUGCAGUCUCAGCAGGCUCAAUAGUUGACGUGACGUCGCGCAUCGCAAACCGUAACCGUAAUGAAGACUCUACUCUGAAUACUUCCGCGGAAGUCAGUAGGGCAACGUCUCAGACUUUGGCGGAGAAUGGGGGUCCGUUCACUGACGCCACAAACGCCCAAGUUGCUGGCGCUGUGAUGGAAACGAAUGAUAUCUUCCAGCAGCAGGCAGAUCAGUUCGGGUUUGACAACUUUUGGACGGAGGCUACCAUUGAUGUUGAUCUACUGCUUCAGCAUGGUUUAUGCCCAUUGCUGCCCGGCAACUUUGGUACUUUCCCACCAAUGGCAGAUUCACAAGGCUUUUAG